ACUUUCUGUGGGUUCAGGCUGCGGGCAGAGCUGAGCCAAGCGUUCUCAGAGUCUGGACGUGGGUGUGGUGGCAGCUGCCCGCAGGCUUGGGCGGUCUGCUGCCGGGAUGGCGCGCAUCCUCACCUCGCUGCCUCUUGGGCCGUCCUGGGCCGCGUGUGUCCUCUCGACGGGGGAGCUGCUUCUCAGAGUGUCCAGUGAUUUGGACAAUAUUGACACAGGAGUUAAUUCUAAAGCUAAGAGUCAUGUGACUGUCAGGCGUGCAGUUUUAGAAGAAAUUGGAAACAGAGUUACGACCAGAGGAGCCCAAGCUGCUAAGAAGGCUCAGAACACCAGAGCACCAGGUCAACUCGCCAGAGCAACGAAUGUCAGCAAACUGAAACCUACUGCUUCUGUGAAACCCGUCCAGAUGGAAAUGCUGGCUCCCAAGGGCCCUUCUCCCACCCCCGAGGACGUCUCCAUGAAGGAGGAGAACCUCUGCCAAGCCUUCUCGGACACCCUGCUCUGCAAAGUCGAGGACAUUGACACUGAAGACUGGGAGAACCCCCAGCUCUGCAGCGACUACGUCAAGGACAUCUACCAGUACCUGCGGCAGCUCGAGGUGCUGCAGUCCAUCAGCCCGCGCUUCCUAGAUGGAAGAGACAUAAACGGACGCAUGCGCGCCAUCCUGGUGGACUGGCUGGUGCAAGUGCACUCCAAGUUCCGACUCCUGCAGGAAACCCUGUACAUGUGCGUGGCCAUCAUGGACCGCUUCCUGCAGGCUCAGCCGGUCUCCCGCAAGAAGCUCCAGCUGGUGGGGAUCACCGCCCUGCUCCUGGCGUCCAAGUACGAGGAGAUGUUUUCUCCGAAUAUCGAAGACUUUGUUUACAUCACAGACAACGCCUACACCAGCGCCCAGAUCCGAGAAAUGGAAACGCUCAUCCUGAAAGAGCUGAAGUUUGAGUUGGGCCGCCCCCUGCCCCUGCAUUUCUUACGGCGGGCGUCGAAAGCCGGGGAGGUGGACGUGGAGCAGCACACCUUAGCCAAGUACCUGAUGGAGCUGACGCUCACCGACUACGACAUGGUGCACUACCACCCUUCUAAGGUCGCGGCGGCUGCCUCCUGCUUGUCGCAGAAGGUCCUGGGCCAAGGAAAAUGGACCCUGAAGCAGCAGUACUACACGGGCUACUCGGAGGGCGAGGUGUUGGAAGUCAUGCAGCACAUGGCCAAGAACGUGGUGAAGGUCAACGAGAACCUGACCAAGUUCAUCGCCGUCAGGAACAAGUACGCCAGUGGCCGGCUCCUGAAGGUCAGCACCAUCCCGCAGCUGAACUCCAGGGCUGUGCGGGACCUGGCCUCCGCGCUGGUGGCGAGGCCCUGAGCCGCCGGCCGCUGCGCUGCCUGUCCUUCUGUCUUUUUACUGGUUUGGACCGCUCAGUUUUGUAAAUAGUCCUCUGGUCUAUUUCACGCAGCCUCUUCCCAGACUAAGUUUCUAAGUGUAUUGACGAAAAAUAAAGCUGGUGAUUUUCUUACGGAA